AAAAAAGCAAUGGAAGAAAUGUGAAGUGUGUUUGACUCUUUGGUCAGUGUGAAAAGUAAAGUACAUUUACACUUAAAAGAAAAAAAAACACAGACGACGAACCAAAACUUCACUCUCUCCUCUGAAACCAAUCUUCCACUUUAUCACUGUCUGCAACUUGCAACUACAACAUCUAGCAAAGCAAGAACCUUUCUUCUUCUUCUCUCUUCUUAGAUUCUUGUCUGAAAACUUUCCUUCCAUUUUCUCUCAAUCUCACACUUUCAAGAUGCCGAUCAACAGAGACCCAUCAACACCUCCUCCUGUUAUCGGAAAAAUCGGUCCUUACACUGUCUUUAUGACUCCUCCUGCGACUCCUAAACCACCUGAAUCUCCCUCCGCCGUGUCUCAGAAGCCUGUGAUGGCACCACCGGUUCUUCCUCCGCCGCAGCAGUUUAAGUCGGUGGCUUCCUCUGAACAAGACGGUUCAGUUUUGGGGUUCUUUAAAAACGCCGUCACAAAGGUUCAAAAUGCACAUUCAAGUGUGGAUGAUCAUUUGGUGAGAUGGUUUGGGUUAAACCAAUCUAAGUAUCAGUGGGCUUUGGAUGAGUACUACGAAAGCAAAGAAUCAGAUAUGAAGACCGUGAAAGCAAAGGAGAUGCCGGGGAAAGUACAGAGUGUAUAAGCAACCAUAUAUAAACUUCUUUCCCUUCUGGCCAAUUCUAAACCUGUUUUUAUGAGAGAGUUAAAAAGCUUGAGUCUUGAGGAAAGUUUUCUUCAGAUGAUCGAUCAUUGAAUCUAUUUAACCUUAGCGAUCUCUUUUGGUAUAUUUCAAAACCUAUGUAGCUCUUUGUAGUUUUAUGUAACAAUGGUGAAAUCUCCAAAGCAAAAUGGAAAUGCCAUUGAUCAUUUGGUUUGUUGUAAGUUUAAUCACAUUAUUUACUUUUUAUGCUAUCAUUAUAUGAUAAUUUAUAUAUUAUAUAUCAUUA